AUGAUAUUUGAUGACACAAUCCUGAAUCAACUUUCUACUUACGAUGAAAGCUAUAAUAGUGAUAAAGAAUCUGAAAAUUUUUUGGAAUCAGAGAUCUUAUUAGAAUUAGAGAUUUCUUUAGAACUGAAAACUUCAUUAGAGCCAGAAAUCUUUUCAGAACCAGAAAACCUUUCUGAACAAGAGACUUUAUUAGAACCAAAAAACUCCUUGGAACAAGAAACUCCAUUAGAACAAGAAAGCUUGUUAGACUUUGAAAAUUCGUCACAACCUGAAAAUUCACUUUUUCAACAAGACAAUAAUCAUAGUGAUAGUGUACAUUACACACAGCUUUUUACCUGUAAUCGAUAUGAAGACGAUAAAUAUUAUAUUUCACAGGUUGAUCUUAAUCACAACCACUUUUUGAUUCCAGUCCAACUCAUGCGUAUGUCACCUACUAGUCGUGAAAUACCAAUGAAUAUUAAGAAAGAAAUUCUGCUUUCAAAGAGAGCAGUUAUUUCAACUUUACAAAUUUAG